UUCGUAAUACAGGAUCCAUAUGCGGUGUGAUAGCUAAUAGGUAGAUCAAAAAUUGGCUUAAGCUAUUCUACGACACAUCUUGUUUGUUUGUUUGUUUGUUUUUUUUUAAAGUUAUGUAACAGAGAAAAUAUUUGAAAGUAUGACUUGUGCUAAGCGACACCAUAGCAACAGAUAGCAGACGACGGGACACGUCACAUUUUCUUGUUUUGAGUUUGUGGAUUCGUGAAGUCAACGAUCUUUCGCUAUGCUUUCCUCGUUCUACUUUCGUGAGCGUGACUGGAAUCAUCAUUGGGUGCUUCCAUAUGUUAACUUAUUAAACCAUUCCAAAGUUGAUCUUUGUAUUAGCCACCCACGAAACGUCACUAUUUUUGCAUCGUUAAUCAAAACGACAGAUAACAGUCAGCAAGAAUGAGUAUUGGAGUUGCAUAUCCCCGUCUUGAGCUGAUUGUAGCCUGUGAUCAAGCAUUGGGCAUUGGUAAGGAUGGAACCUUGCCUUGGAACCUCCCAUCUGAAUUUGCCUACUUCCUGAGGAUGACCCAAAACCGCCAAGGCAAUGGAGACAAAGUCCACGUCUCCAUCUUUGGUCGCGCAAACUGGGAAUCAAUCGCCAAGACAAUUGGUUCAAUGGAUAAUAAUCCUUGGAAAGACACGAUCUCUUUUAUCCUUAGUCGUUCCAUGACCAAUCAAGUACUCCCUAAAGAUGUUUAUGUUUGCUCAUCCUUUCAAGAAAUCAUUGACCAUCUGCAUAAACCGGAGAUAAAAGAACGAGUAGAUCGUGUGUGGGUACACGGUGGUGUAUCUGUCUACAAAGAAGCUCUAGGUUCGCCCCAUUUUUAUCGUCUUUACAAAACAGUUAUUGAGGCAACGUAUCCAGCUGACGUGUUCUUCCCGCGUGUCGACGAGACUCGUUUGACUCUCGUUCACGACCCUGAUGUCCUACAAGGCGUUCAACGCGAAAAUGACGUCGAUUUCCAAGUGUUUGUCUUCCAAUCUACUGGCGUUAAUCCAUUAGCGUAAAAAGAAAAGAUAAGUGAAAACGUAUGCGGUGAUAAGAUCGAGAUGUUAUUGAACAAUCGACAUAUCCAUUGACAAAAAACCAAAAGAACAAAAAAAAAAAAAAAAAAAAAGGGAAAAACGGAACUAACAAAAAAAAACAAUAACAACAUUGAAACCAGACAUGAGAAAAUGGCGCAACAAAUCAACGCUACGAAUACAUUCCCGUUAACAUUCAAAAUUUCAUUUCCCCGUAUUUUUAAACAGUGCUAAAUUGUAUGGUGUCAAGGGAUCGAAUAAACUCAUAUUUUUACUCUCUCAA